AUGACAACAUUGGCAUUACCAACAACCAAUGUUUCAAUGUCACCAACAACGAGUAAUACCUCAUCGGAACUAAAUAUUGUAACUUCUAACGAAAAAACAAAUCAACCAUCAUCACAGUCUCCAUUUUAUAAAUUAAAUGAAUCUCCAAAUUCUUACGAGAAAUUAGAUAGUAGUAACGAAAGGAGAAGGGUUCGCUUUUCCGAUCGUAACUUGUCCAAUUCUCAAGUGGUUGGAAAUAUGAGUAAGGCCAUCAGUAAUAGUACUCUUCAAAAGUCAGCGAAAGAAAAUUCAAACGUCUCUGUAAAUAAUAUUGCAAGUUAUGAAUCUAGAAAGAGAACCAAGAAUAUUUGGCGUACAAGACUGAAAGGAAUAAUCUUGGAUUUGGAAGUUUUUCAAACCGUUCUAUCAAUCUUAUCUGCUGUAUUUUUCAUCAUUUCAUCGUAUAUUCAAAUUGACGUUGAUGGUAGACUGUUCGCCUUGGUUGUUUGUGAUUUAAUAUUUUCUUGCUUUUUUAUUGUGCUGUUUAUUGUCAAUUUUCUACUUGCAAAGAACAAAAUUUUAUUCUUCAUAACACCACUCUCUAUUUUGGACUAUGUGACGGUAGUUCCAUCAUUAACAAUUACUGUCAUUUCAUUUACCCAGGAUUCAUUCAACAGUCAAUCUUAUGCCUUCGUCGGUUUGCUAAGAGUUCUAAGAUUGUUGAGGUUAAUUCCAAUUACAAAAAAAAUUUCAUCCAAAGGAGAAAUCAAUUCUGUUAUUGCCAAAGUUAUUGAACUUGCCUUAACGGUGGCUUGCUUUCUUGUUAUAUUUUCAGGAUUUUUUCAAUGGUUAGAAAAUUAUUUUGGAGAUAGAACAAUUUAUUUUCAUGAUGCUCUAUAUUUUAUUGCCAUCACUCUCGUCACAAUUGGUUAUGGUGAUAUUUCUCCAUCCAAUGUUGCUUCUAGAUAUGCAGUAAUACUAUUUUUCCUGAUCGGUGUCACCAUCAUUCCCAUCCAAAUUUCUCAAAUUUACGAUAUUGUAACAAGUGAAAAAAGUAUUUUUAAGGUAAAGAACUUUACUCUGAAAAAUCAUACCAUUGUCAGUGGAAGCUGUAGAAUUGACGAAGCCGUUGAUUUUAUUAAGGAAUGUUUUCAAAGAAGAAAGAAAAAAAUCAAAAGAGUCAUUCUCAUCUUUAAAAACGAGAAUUUUUGCAAACAUUUACUCGAAAGCUUGAAAAAGACUCCGUAUCGAAGCAAGAUUUAUGUCUAUUGUGGAGACAUAAUGGAUUUUGAGACCAUGAAUUUGUUAAAGCUGCCUCAAUCCAGAAACGUCUUUCUGUUGAACAGCCCAAAAAUUGGAAACGCAAGAAAACAAGACACGUCCAUCAUCAUGACCACAAUUGCGUUAAGAAACUUCAACAAGUCGUUGAAAGUAUAUGCCCAAAUUAAUUUAAUGGAAUCUAAACCAUAUUUAAUUCGAGCAGGUGCCAAAGUGAUCAUUUGCAAUGAAAUUUUAUGCACCAAAAUUCUCUCUGCAUCAGUAUCAUCCUGUGGUUUCACUACCUUCUUAUUUAAUUUGCUCAGUGGAGCAGAGAUUACAUUAUUUUCCAAGAAUCGUUCAAAAACAAGUAUUUCAGGAGAUUUUCAAAAUGCAAUCAAUAUGCUCGAUAAUGAGAGUAAAUGGAUUGCUGAGUAUGCAGAAGGUUUAAAUUGUGAGAUCUUUAGAGUGAAAUUUAGUCCAGCAUUCUACAAUAAUCUAUUCAUUGACGCAGCUAAAUUACUAUUAACUACAUUGGAAGUUGUGGUAUUUGCACUUGAAGAUACCAAUGGGAAAAUAUUCAUCAAUCCAUCUCGAUAUUUAAUCAAGGAAGGAGACCAAUGUUUUUGCCUUGCCAAAAGUUUCAAACACGCUCAAGAAGUUGAAAAUUAUCAGUAUACAGAAAACGAAGACAAUUCUCACUCUAAAAAGAAGUUGAAAUCUUCAAAACCAUUUUUAUAUUCUAAAACAGCAAUAGAUAACUUGGGCGACGAUUUCCUUGACUUCAACUAUGUAGAAUAUACCACAAAGGAGCAAAUGAAAUUUGAAGAAAGUUCACAAAGCGAAAAAGAAAUUAUGAAAAUAUCAGAGAAACAAAUCGAUAAUCAGAAUCGAAAACAACUUGCAAGGAGAUCACGAAUUCUUGAGCCAACAUUUAAAAAAGAUGUCAAAACGAGGAAACGAUCUGGAAGCAGCUCUGAACCAAAGAUAGUAGACGUUUCAUUAUUGAGAAAAGAUGAAGAAAUUACAGAGGAUGGAAUCAGACACGCCCAUUUGGAAGUGUUAUUGAAAUUGCUGUCACCAGACGCUUAUUUCAUAGAGAAGAGACAGUAUUUAAAACAAAUUAGGGAUACACUUUCACCAGAACAGAGUCGAGUGGAAGAACAGAAAUUCUUUUCAAACGUCAUUAAUAACUAUGGCUUGUUACAAGCACCAAGAUCAAAAGAAGAAUUUCUCAUUACCAGUUAUCAAGUGCCGAUUCUUAUUAAGGACCAUAUUUUGAUUUUAGGCGAAUUCCAACAGCCAGCAAUUAUAUGCUCAGUAAUUAGAUCCAUACAACGAAAGAACAGGCUUACACCCAUUGUUUUCAUGUCACAUCUAGUAGACAAGUACUUUAAUUAUCUCUAUGAACGAUUGAAAUUCUUUUCACAUGUUUAUUUCAUUCAGGGAAAUCCAAUGAAACACUUUGAAUUAAGAAGAGCUGGUUAUCAAUUUGCACGUACCAUACUGUACUUGACACAGGAUGAAAAAAUUAUUAAUUUAAACGAUCAUACCUUAUCCGAAGAAAAAGAGGAUCAAGAAACAGAAUAUUCCAUUGACGCAGAAGCCAUCAAAUUAGCAUUAGGAAUUGAAGCAAAUUCCGAGGGAAACAAGUGUUAUUUAUUGGAACUUGCCAAUCGAUCCAAUUUGAAAUUCAUUCCUCAUGAAGGUGUUGGAACCUUUGAGAAAACAAGAUCUCUCCAAGAAAAAGGAAUUAUCGAACAUAAUUUGGAUGAUAUUGAUUUAUUUUGCUUAUUUUCUGAUCUUCACAUCUCAAGCAAAAUAUUUCCUUCUUCUUCCUUUUUGAGUCGACUCUUAGCUCAAUCCUUUCACAACAAGAGAGUGGUAGAUUUAAUUGAUCAAAUGUGUGCCGAUGAAUUUUUAGCAGGUGACUCUCAAUCUGUUGUUUUUGAAGUUCCUGUACCUCCAAUGUUUGUUUCAGGUUCUGUUUUUGAAUUGGUGACCACAUGUUUUGACAAUGACCUUAUUCUUCUCGCUUUGAGUCGAGAGAAACCCUUUUCAUCAGAGGCAUCCAUUUCUCAUCAUCAACAACAACCACAACAUCAACAACAACAACACCACAACAACAGGUACAUUUACACCAAUCCUUCAUUUUCAACCAUUUUACGAUCCUCUGACAUUCUUUUUCUAUGUGGUCAUAAAAAUGAUUUUACCAAAUUGUCACAACAAUACAAAGACACACAUCAUUUCCCAAACACUACCACCAUGAUGACACAUCAGCCACACGACACUACUGAAGUCAUUGUUGAAAUUCAUUCAGAUGAAGAACAUGUGGAAAGAAAGAGGCCAAAGAGUUGUGAAAUACCUGUUGUUUCUCCAACACUUGGAGAGAAUCUACUUAUAGAAGGUUCUUCUUCUUCUGAAUUGAUACAUUCUAUAUCCGUUCCAACCAGUAGUACGAGGAUUAUGGUUGGUCCAACUGUCAUGGAUGAUGACAGAAUUAUUUCACUUCAGGAUGAGGACGAAGAAGAUGGACAAACACCACACCGUAUGACUUUUGGUGAAUUAUUGAACAAACAUAAACCACAUACUGAAAAGGACCAAUAA